GCUAAGCAGAGACGUCGACAGAAGACGUCUAAAGUCAUAUGAAGCAACUGCAAAGAGAGAUCAGUCCUCAGGGACAGGAAGUGAUUUGAUAACAUGGCAAACGCUGAAGCGAGUUCAGGAGGAACAGAGGCAGAGACACUCCAGAUGUCUCAGGUCUACACUGCGACCAGAGACACGCUCCAGAAGAAGACGACCCUCAGGAGGACACAUGCAUUGUCUCUAGAUUGGGUGUUUGGGAUGAAUCCUGCUCCUCCUGCCAUCAGUCUGCAAGACCACGAGCAGCUGGUGGUCCUCUAUGCAGGAGCUAAUGUUGGGGUCAUCUACAACCACACAACAAACUCCCAGCACAUACUUCAGGGUCACUGCUGCCCCAUCUCAUGUAUGUGUGUGAGUGAGGACAGACGCUGGAUCGCAUCAGCAGACCGGGGGCUGAACAGCACAGUGAUGAUAUGGGACUCCUACUCUGGCAUUCCUGUGCAUACAUUGUUCAAUUGCCACCCUGAGAGAGGUGUCAUUGCGAUGGCAUUUUCAAGCGACACAAAACAUCUGGUAACCCUCGGGGCUGACGAAGUUCAACGUGUGUGUAUUUGGGAUUGGACAAAUGAAACAGAUAAGCCUUUGUGCUUUACUGAACUCAAUCCCAUCCAUGGUUUCCAAGAUGUCAUCAUUUUUAAUCCAAAUGAUAGCACUCAGCUGCUCAGCAACAGCGAAAGUCAGUUGCUAUUUUACAGCAGGGCCGAAGGAAGUCUGCAAUACUUUGCCCUGCAGAUAAAGAAGUAUUCUCCUGACUCUUCUCAAACUGUCAACAUGGCUGGCAGGUCACUGAGCCAGUCUGUGUUUCACUGGAGAGAUCCUCAGAUCCUAACAGCGACUGCGGCAGGCAGCAUCGUUGUGUGGAAUUUGAUGGAAGACUUUGCUUCAAACCAAAGCCUCCCCACAGAUAGAAUCAAUAUCAUUCACCUUCAGAAGGACCCAAUCACUGCCCUCACUGUAUCUGACAGCUGCAUUGUGACUGGUGACACUCGAGGCCACAUCAAGUUUUAUGAUGAAGAAUUCAUGCUUCUCACUUGGUACGGUGAAUUCAACCUGGAUGUUAUUGUUUCCAUGUCCUUUUCCAAAGAGUGUGCAGAGGGAUACCUGCAGGACUGCACUCUGGAGGCAAAACCAUUAAUCAUCAGGAACUUUGUUGUGACCACAGCCAGUUCCACAGUGGUACAUGUGAAUACACAGAAAGGCAUCCCUCAGAUCUUGCUACAUGAAGAAAGUCAGCCUAUACAUGCAGUGGCCUGCCACCCCAAACAGCCAGCUGUGGCCAUGGGCAGUCACCGGGUUUUAAAAGUGUGGGACUAUAACAACAAAGUCAUCAUCUGCAGCAGGGUCUUCGAGGAGGAGCAGAUUCAUUGUGUCACAUUUGACCCUAAAGGGUUAUACCUGGCAGUUGGCUUUGGUAGUGGAGCUGUUCACAUACUGAAUUCCAGCACUUUACAAAGUGAUCCAGAGGAAUGUUUUCAUUUCCAUAAAGACGGCAUCCAACACAUCACUUUCUCCUCAGACUCAAAGUAUCUUGCCACUGCGGAUGCCGGCAAAGCAGUGACCGUAUUCCGCCUUCAGACUAAAGAAAGAUCUCUCCCUCGUUGGGCAUAUAUGGGCAGACACCACUCCCACUACAAGCCCAUCAAAGACCCUUUUGGGGUUCAUCUGGACAGCACACAACCCAGACUGCUCUCUCUGGGAAUGGACCGCCGACUAGUGGAGUAUGACCUGGAAAACAGUGACAUAAAUAAGCUUCUCAUCCUGAGCAUUGAGCGCAUUGAGCAAAGCGCUGUGCCAAUGUGCAUGAGUUGGUAUCCUCCACUUACUACUGAGCAAUUUCUCCUUGUUGCCUCAGACCAAUACAAGAUGAAGCUUUUCAACAGCACUACCAAGAUGUGCAGAAAGACUCUCCUUGGCCCAACAUAUGGCUCUCCCAUUAACAAAACAGUGGUCCUUUCCACGUCUAAAGAACCUGAAACAAACUCAUAUUACCUGGCUUACAUCACAAAGGACAAGGUGGGCCUCCAGGUUAUGCCUCUGGAUGGGAACCCCUACAGGUCCAAUGCUGUGAUCUGUCAUCCGACAGGGGUGUCCACUUUUGCCUGCUCCUACGACGGCCGAUUUGUGUUCACUGCAGGAAGAUUUGACUGCACUGUCCUGUCGUGGGAAAUAAGCUUAAAUGCUUUGGAGGCGGCAGCUGCCUUGGGAGGGAAGGACCUGAUGCCCUUCUACACUCUUUUAGAGGGAGGCAGAGAUGGCAAAUUCUACAGGGAGAUGGAGGACUUUUUCUAUUACUGCCAAGUUCGCCAUCAAGGCACUGACUCAAUGGAGAAACGACAAUUGUCUACCAAAAUCCCUCUGUCAGAGGUUCCCUCUCUGAUGAGAGCUUUGGCCUACUUCCCUACUGAGCAAGAGAUAGAAGAUAUGCAUAACGAGAUCAAGUUCAGCAAGUAUGCAGAAACAGGCCAAUAUGUGACCGACAUCGACCUGGAGGAGUUUAUCAAGCUGUAUAUCAACCAUCGGCCAGCUUUAGGCAUCUCUAGCAAAGAGCUGGUUGAAGCUUUUCACACCCUUGGUCACCAUGAUAAUACAGGACAGCUUGUUUUGCGUAAAAAUUUACUGCUGGAACUUUUACAGGCUCUAGGAGAACCCAUGACAGAGGAAGAGGUGGCAGAGUGUUUCACUACACUUUUAUGCCUCAGUGAAGAGGAGGAAGAAAAAGAAGCAGAGCAAGGAGGGGAUCAAUCUGACCAUGACAGUUCUAAAUCUGACAGUGGAAAUUCAGAAUAUUCACUGGCGUGUGCGAUCCCCGAUGAGAUAUCCAUGGAGACAUUUACAGGUCACAUCUUGGGUUUCCCGUCCUCAGCUGAGCAGAGUGGUGGGCCUUCCCCUCCAGAGUGAU